AUGGAUAAGCGUUCUUAUCUGGCUACUUUUCUUAUCGGAAUUAUUGCAUUAGGCAUUGGUGUCACAAUUGGUUAUUUUGGUAUAAAUAAACAGCAGACUCAUGCUAUUUUGAAAUAUGAUCGUCUUACACGACAAGCUGAUCAACAAAACUAUCAAACAUUCAUUGACUCUAUACAAGCAGCUAACAUUGAAACAAAUCUUAAAGAUCUCACUUCACGUCCUCAUCUAGCUGGUCUACCUGAAGAUUUAGAAAGUGCUCAAGUCAUCGAACAACGAUGGAUAACUGAUGGUUUAAAUGUAACAAAACCAAAAUAUAAUGUUCUUCUUUCUUAUCCUGAUGAUAAUAAUCCUAAUCGAGUUACUCUCACCAAUAGUGAUGGCACGGUCAUUUUUCAAACAGCUGGAGUUGAACAUGUCUAUGAUACAACACAACCAAAAACAGUUAAUCCAUUUAUUGCUUAUACACCUAAUGGAACUGUCUCUAGUUUUUUGAUUAUUGUUGCUGUGGUUGCAACUGCACUUGCCCUUGGACUUGGUAUCAUCAUUGGCCAUUUCGCUGUUCCAAAAACAUCUUGGAAGUAUGAUCGUCUUACAAAACCAGCAGAUCAACGAAAUUAUCAAAUAUUUAUUGACUCUAUACAAGCAACUAACAUCGAAACAAAUCUUAAAGAUCUUACUUCACGUCCUCAUCUAGCUGGUCUACCUGAAGAUUUAGAAAGUGCUGAAGUCAUUGAACAACGAUGGAAAACUGAUGGUUUACAAGUAACGAAACCAAAAUAUAAUGUUCUUCUUUCUUAUCCUGAUAAUAACAAUCCUAAUCGAGUUACUCUCACAAAUAUUGAUGGUAUGGUCAUUUUUCAAACAUCUGGAGUAGAACCUGUGUAUGAUACAACACAACCAAAAACAGUUAAUCCAUUUCUUGCUUAUACACCUAAUGGAACUGUCUCUAGUACUAAACUAUACUAUGCUAACUAUGGUGAACUUGAAGAUCUUCAAAAACUAGCAUCUAUAGUUGGAAAUGUUAGUCUUCAAGGUAGUAUUAUCAUCAUGCGAUAUGGUCGUAUUUUUCGAGGAGAUAAGGUGAUGCAUGCUCAAUAUUUUGGAGCUAUAGGUGCAAUAUUAUAUAAUGAUCCAGCUGAUUAUGCUCCAUUUGGAACAACACCUGAUCAAGUCUAUGAUCAAAAGUGGUACAUGCCUCCGAGCGGUGUGCAACGGGGAGCAACGUUUCCUUCGAAUGGUGAUCCUUUGACACCUAUAUAUCCAUCGACAGACUACAUGUACAGAAUGAGAGAAGAAAGUUUGCGCUUCCUACCUAAAAUUCCUGCUCAACCAAUUGGUUAUGGUGAAGCUCAGAUUAUUCUUCAAUAUAUGCAAGGUAAUGAAGUACCAGUUGAAUGGCGUGGAACAUUAUCAAACGUAAUAUAUCGUUAUGGUGGAGAACUUCUCAAUGCAUCUACAAUCGAAGUGAAAACAUACAAUCGACUUGAAAGAAAAGAUACAUAUAAUGUGAUUGGAAUAAUGAAAGGUGAAAUUGAACCAGGUACAGUCAGCUCGAUCUUAGAUACCAAUAAAAUAGAGAAAUUUCUUAUUCUUUUAGAUCGUUAUGUUGUUAUCGGCAAUCAUCGGGAUGCUUGGAGUUUGGGCUCUCUCGAUCCCACGAGUGGAACAGCUACUCUUUUAGAAAUAACCCGAGUACUUGGUGAAAUGCAUAAAAAUGGUUUUCGACCACGACGUAGUUUAAUGUUUUGUUCAUGGGGCGCUGAAGAAUAUGGGCUCAUAGGAUCAGUAGAAUAUGUUGAGGAAUAUGUUAAAGUAUUGGGAGCUCGUAUUGUUUCCUACUUGAACAUGGAUGUUGCUGUUGAUGGAUUUUAUAAGGUUGAUGUCAAGGCUUCUCCAAUGUUAUUUGAUGCCAUUGUUGAAGCAGGAAAAAUGGUUCCAAGUGCUUAUGAUCCUGCUGGACAAACUGUCUAUGGUAAAUGGAUGCAAAUUGAUCGAAAUAAUGUGACUAAUGAACCAAGAAUAAGGCAUGGUCUUGGAUCAGGAAGUGAUUAUUUUGCCUUCGAUCAAUUAGCUGGUUCAUCAAAUUAUGAUGCAACCUAUAGGUUUAAUCCAGCUGAUCAUAAAAAUUUACGUUCAUAUCCACUCUAUCAUACAUCCUAUGAAGUCUUUUCGAUGAUGAAAACAUUUGUUGAUCCUGAUUUUCUUGCACAUAGAACUAUGGGUCAAUUUACCGGUGUUUUAGCUUUAAUUCUUUCGGAAAGUCCUGUUUUACCAUUAAAUAUUAGUCGAUAUACAUCUGCUCUUAUAGAAACAAUGAACAGCCUCAAAGUAACCAAUCCUAUAGAUCUUGAUCCACUUCGAAAUGCAAUCAAUGAUUUUGGUAAGACUGCUCAAGAUUUUGCUGCACGUUCGAAAUUAAUGGACACUGAAAAUCCAUAUGAAAUUCGUAUAUAUAAUGAUCAGUUAUUACAAUUUGAACGAGCAUUUCUUAAUCCAUUAGGACAAGGUUCAGAUUAUACUGAAAUGAAACAUAUUAUUUAUGCACCACCUAAAAGUAAUCAAUAUGCUUCAUCUGGUUUUCCGGCUGUCAGUGAUGCUAUUAUUAGUGGUAGUAAAACAGAAAUCGAAUAUCAAAUCGCAAUAGCUACAUAUUUUGUACGUGGUGCUCUAUCUACAUUAAAAGAAUUUGAUAAAUUUAUUGCUGUUUAA